GUACAACGUCAUGAACCGUCAUACGCACAAGACAGAGCAAUAUGAAAUAAAAACGUUUUUUAUGCACACUACCUCGUUUUAAACAAACUAUGCGGCUUUUAAAUGUAUUUUCUAAGUCGAUUAUCAUAUUCGUAAUCGAAAUGGAUCUGAAAACCAGCUUUGACGCCGCCCAGAAGUGUGAAAGUGAAACCAAAAGUGAACUUGCGACAAACUGCAACGGGAGAAGCUAAUGAUGACCUCAGAGGCUCACCCCAUCUAUAGAACCGUGGCAGUGCAUUUCUGCCUGUUGUGCUGUGAUCUUGCCAUCUGGGCUUGUGUGUGGUUGGCACUGUUGUGGCUGGAUGGAGAGGGCAGUCUGGAUCUAUGGUGUCUGUGGGCUCUCAGGGCCAUCAGCUGUGUUGUGCUUUAUGCAUUGAGCACAAUUUUUGCUGACAGCAGCAUUCAGCCUCUCCUGAAGCGCUGGGUAGCUCUACUGAGCUUCCUACCGCCAGUGUUUGACAGUAUGCAGACAAUGCUGCAAGGGACCAUGAGAGGCUUCACUCCUGUUCCUGAUCCUGGCAUGGUGAUCCUGAGCUUAGCUACAUCUACCCUCACAUAUAUUAUGUGGGAGAUGGCAUUCCCACAUGGUGGAUCAUCUAAGGGUGCCAGAAACCAGAAGAAAGAUGAAGAGGCCAAAGCACUCCUAAUGAGGGUCAUUCGAUACUCCAAGCCUGACUAUCUUCAUCUAGGGGCUGCAUUCCUCUUCCUCAGCCUGGCAGCACUGUUUGAGACAUUCAUCCCAUACUGCAUUGGCAAAGUUAUUGACAUAUUGAGUGGAAAGUACCAGCACACCAAUUUCUCAUGGGCUAUUGGACUCUUGGCACUUUGCUCACUCGGAAGCUCCUUGUUCAGUGGUUUGCGCGGCGGGAUGUUCAUGUGUAGCCUCAGCAGGCUCAACAAAAGAAUACGAAACAUGUUGUUCCAGAACCUCAUGAAGCAGGAGAUAAGCUUCUUUGAAGAAAACAAAACAGGAAGUCUCACGUCACGCUUGGUCUCUGACACUGAUAAAAUGGGUCGUUCUGUGGCCAUGAAUGUGAAUGUGUUACUGCGGAGUUUCGUGAAGACAUGUGGCAUGUUGUACUUUAUGCUGGGACUAUCCUGGCAGUUAACCCUCCUCACCUGCAUCGAAAUGCCACUUCUUGCUUUCAUUCAGAAUUCAUACAACAACAUCUCCCAGAAAAUAGCCAAAGAGCUUCAGGACUGUAAUGCAGAGACUACGGAGUUGGCAUCUUCUGUCAUUGGAUCGAUGAAGACUGUGCGCAGUUUUAAGGCAGAGCAUCAGGAGCAGCAGCGAUAUGAACAGACUCUUAACCGAAAGCUCCAGGUUCUGAGGCGUAAAGGCAUAUACAGUGCCACCCAUCUCUUAAUACGCAGGUUCAUUACAGUAGGCUUGAAGGUAGCAAUGCUGUUCCUAGGCCGAAAUCUCAUCUCCUCUGGAAAGCUUAGCAGCGGCAGCCUCCUUGCAUUUGUAUUUUAUCAGAAGGACAUGGUGACCAACAUGAAGCAUCUUGUAUAUAUCUAUGGAGACAUGCUGAAUACCGUGGGAUCAGCAGUGAAGGUGUUCCAGCUGCUUGACAGGAAGACACAGAUGAGAGAGGCAGGUGAUUUGGCCCCAGAGAAAGUUGAGGGAAGAUUAACCUUUGAAAAGGUUACCUUUUCCUACCGCUCACGCCCUAAUGAAAAAGCACUUAAGUCUGUUACAUUGGAAUUGAGUCCAGGGAAGCUGACUGCGUUGGUAGGACCCUCAGGUGGUGGGAAGACCUCUUGUGUCUGCUUGCUGCAGAGGUUCUAUGAGCCACAAGAGGGUGAGGUGUUACUGGAUGGAGAACCUCUGUACCAAUACCAACACCAGUACUUACAUAAAAAGGUGGCAAUGGUAUCCCAGGAUCCUGUACUUUUCUCUGGCUCGGUGAAAUAUAAUAUUGAAUACGGUUUAAAGGACUGCACACUUGAAAGAGUAAAAGAAGCUGCUCAGAAAGCCAAUGCACACAACUUCAUAAGCAAACUGGAAGAAGGCUAUGACACAGAUGUUGGCGAGUGUGGUGACCAGCUGUCUGCAGGGCAGAAGCAGUGCAUUGCCAUAGCAAGAGCCCUGAUAAGAAACCCACAGAUUCUCAUCUUGGACGAGGCCACCAGCCACAUGGACUGCAGCACACAACAAGCUGUUCAAGAUGUGCUGAAUAACGUAAAGGAUCAGACAGUACUGGUGAUAGCUCAUCGUUUGGAGACUGUAGAGAAAGCAGACCACAUUAUCUUCAUGGAGGGAGGUGAAACCGUGGAGCAGGGAACACACCAGCAGCUCAUGGCUAAAGGCGGCAGAUACUAUCGGCUCAAAGAAAAGCUUUUCAAUCUGGAGACACAACCAGUGGACUAAAGUAUCAAAUACGUGGAUUUAUUUUACAGAAACUUUAAUACACACUCACAGACUGCAUUUACCCACAUUUAUUGUUGGUAAAUACUUAGUUUUGAUAAAUUAUAUUCUU